GAUUCUACGAACAAGAUUUUGAGCUGAAAAGAGAUUUCUAUACUCGUGAUGUCAUGAAAAAGGUUGUGUAUAAUACCAACUUUGAUCUCUUUACUGCACCAUCAGCUAAUUGGAGAGAUACCAUUCUUUUUCAAAUGGCUCCUGAUCCUUGCACACCAGAAGAGCUGCCAGCUGCAUGCAGAGAUAUUGUAAUAAAGUACUCUAAGGAAGUACAGAAAUUGGGAAAUUUAGUAUUCCAGUUAUUAUCAGAGGCUCUUGGUCUGAAACCAAACCACUUGAAAGACAUGGACUGUGCUGAGGGGCUUGCGGGUCUGUGUCAUUAUUAUCCAGCAUGCCCCCAGCCAGAAUUAACCAUGGGCGCAAGCAAGCAUGCUGAUAAUGGCUUCCUCACCGUGCUUCUUCAAGACCAUAUUGGUGGUCUCCAAGUUCUCCAUCAAAAUCAGUGGAUUGAUGUUCCUCCCACACCGGGGGCUCUAUUGGUUAAUAUUGGAGAUCUUCUACAGCUGAUAUCAAACGACAAGUUCGCAAGUGUUGAGCAUAGGGUGCUUGCAAACCAUAGAGGACCAAGAGUAUCUGUGGCUUGCUUUUUUGGCACAGCUUUUAACUCAAACUCAAGACUAUAUGGACCCAUCAAAGAGCUGUUAUCGGAAGAGAAUCCUCCCAAGUACAGAGAAACCACAGUGCAAGAAUUCUUUAAGUAUUACCAAGCAAAAGGACUUGAUGGGAUUUCUGCACUUCUGCAUUUCAAGCUCUGAAACCUAGCAAUGAUAAUUAUACAUAUGGGCAUGUAAUCUAAUUAGCACUUUUCAUUGAAUUUGAUCAACAUGAUUCUGGACAUUUUUAUGCAUUUGACCUUGAUGACUCUGAAUCCUUUGUCUCUCCAGCUUUGAUCCAGAUAACUCGGUCUCAUUGCAUUCGAAUCCUUCACCACUUAAGCUAAAAUCAUCUUCCUCUUUAUCCGCAGGUACUGAGAAUAUGGAGGAAGUUAAAAAAAAAAAAAAAAAAAAUCAGCUCCGAAGUUAUCACAGAGACCGUUGAAGUUGCUUACAGCAGCUUUUGGGUAAAUUAACCAGUGGGCAGUGACUACUCGUGAAGUAACGACAUAUCAGAAGGCUAUAGAGUCUUAUUUGUUGGAUAAUGGCCCAUAGAUUAGGAAACGUAGUGCCAUCACGGACAGUGGACGGGGCCAAGACAUAUUCUUUGCUAAUCAAACUUCAUAAACUCUAUGCAACUUUUUCUUGUCUCGUCUUGGAACUGUACUGUGUGGCCUUGUUUGCGAAGUUUCCAGGUUUAGCAGCAAGUUUCAUGAGAACUGUUGUCCUAUAUUGGAGUUAGACCAGAUCCAUUUUCUCAAUAAAAAUCGGCCAAUUUCUGUUUUUGUUUC